AUGAAAAUGAAUGGAACUGAUUUAAAGGAAGAGGGGUCACUAAUUGACCGUAGACCUAUAAUAACAUGCGCUGGAGAAAUAGAGGUUUUCUCAGUUAUUGAGGACAAUCUGACAGAGGCUUUACCUCAAGACACAUACGAAUGGAGAAGGACUUUUGGCAGACCAGUACGAUCAGUCCACAUCGGAGGUGUUUUUGUACCUUACAGUCCAGCUGCUUUGUCCAAAUCCAACAGUUGGGAUCUCAUCAGACAACCGCUGUUCCACAUCUACUGGACAGAUUGUUCUGAUGUAGAAUUGUACAAGUCCUCAGUGAAAGAAGACAUUGAAAACUGGCUCAAAGAGCUGAGCAGUAAAGAAAUUAAUGACUGGCUAAUAGUAGUUGUAGAGAAUUUUGAUGGGAAGCGUACAAAUAAAUUAUUGCCAAGAACAACAGUCUUAGAUAAAAUUAGAGCUGAUUUUGCUCCAAAACAAGGUGACCGAUGUGUAUCUGUGAUAAAUCCUGGCAAGAUCGAAUCUCGAUCUGCAGAUUCUUGGAGAGGUUUAGUGAAUAGAGUUAGGCACCUAUUGCUGGCAGCCUAUGCUAAGGCAGUGUAUCGAUUGGAGGAACAUGUGAGACAGCAGAGGGAAAAGAGAAAUGAACAUGGUUGGAAUUUUAUGCACUAUUUUUCUCUUCAAGAGGAGCUGGCCCAGGUGCUGGAAAUGCUGGGACUCUACGACGAAGCUCUGGUUCAGUAUGACGAACUGGACGCACUGUUCUCCCAGUUCGUAGCCAACGGCAUAACCAGCGACAGCGUCAGUUGGCUGAGCAAUUUUCAGAAACCGUUGGAACGGUGGCAUGGCUUAAAGCUCGGUAGCUCCAAGUUACCAAAAGAUCCUUCUAUAUUAGAAUUAAGGGCUUACCUUUUCGCCAAACAAGCUCACAUGCUGCUGCUCACUAAUAAAGUUUGGGAGAUGGCAUCUCGUUCGUUACCCUUCCUAAAUACAUGUUCUAAAGAGCUGAUAAUUUUAGAAGUAACAGCUCCGCCCGGUGCUAUAUCUUGCUGGUUGUUCUUAGCCGCUAUGGAGGUGCUAGAAACUUGCGAUAAAUUCAAUCAUGCUGAUGAAGUCAAAGAAUACUCACUGCAUACUGCUGGCGUUUGGGAGUAUGCCAGUCAAAAGAUACGAAGUUUAGGAGAAUUGUGCGGUUUGAUGCCCGGAGGUUUCCCGACAUCGGAACAGCUUCACAUUGUCGUUGAACUGUCCGCUGGUAUGGGAGAUAAUCCUGGAACGUCUGAUAGCCCUUCGCCGACUGAUAAAUUGAAGGUAGCACUGUGUUCGCAAGAAGCAUUUAAUAAGACUUAUUUGGAAUUAGCCGAACUAGCGAUGGGAACGUAUAAACACAUAGGCCGCUUGCGAUCAGCGCGUCUAGUCGGACGAGAACUGGCUUCGUUCUACAUGCUCGUCGGGGAAACCCAGAAAGCGGCCGCCUUCUUGACGGACAUUCUCAGAACGUUCGAACAGGACGGAUGGCACGAAUUGGCCGCUCAAACGCAAAUAGAAUUAGCCGAGUGUUUUUUGAAAGCCGAAGACACCAGGAAGUACGUUUGCGCGUGCGCUGCCGUCAGCGCCGCUUUAGAAAUCGACACUCUGAUUCGGUGGACGUACUUCGAUGAUAUGUGCAAAUGCGUUAAUUUGCUUAAGGAACCUCUAAUUGUGCCUUUUAAUGAUAUUUUUAAGAUCACCAGCGUGUGCAUAAAAAAUGACGGCGACAUAAUGCAAGACAGCGAUAUUAACUUGGAGCUCCUGAUCGAAUCCAAUUUUCCGAAAGAAAUUCUAUGCACAAAGAUGGCCGUCUCGUUAGAAACGUUUCCGGAACCUGUCAAGGAUAAUAAGAAGACGCAGGAGAAGGUGUGGCCCAGCAGACUGUUGACCGCCAAGGAUAUGAGAGCGCAGGACGUGAUGUUGCAAAGGUUGAAGAUGAAGAAAAAUUUGGAUUUCAAACAGGACAGGCAGUUAGCAGCCGCAGGAGUAGCCUCAAAGUUUACGGAAUUGAGAAGGAAGAGCAGCACGUCGCAGCAGGUCAAAGAGGAGGUCGGGGAGUGCUUGGAAGUCGUUAAUUUGCCUUUAGUGAUAACGCCCGGACUAAACUUGAUAAGACUGAAAAAGCGAGCCACCCACAUAGGUAAAUACUUUUUGGGCCAAACGAUCAUGCACGUGAAGAACUUGCACAUCGUCUCGCCCACGUUGACGCCCAGGCUGGUUUUCGACGUUAAAGAGGAACAUCCGACGUUGAAAUUGUACAAGAAGGCGGCGCCUUUGCUCACCGGCAUCGAACAAAGCAUGAAUUUGAUUUUAACGAUCGGCAGUUAUUCGAUAGAUCCGAAGUCCACAGUGAAGCUCAUCACAUCAAAUGGUCUAUCCCUGCACACCGAACAAGAUGCUCCAUUACAAAAUAGUUUAGAAAUCGAAGUUGGAGAAAAUUAUCCGUUCAGUAGCUCUAGGCGCUCAUUAAGGGUAUUGGCGGACGCCCUUUCCAAGGAUCAUCAAGUUACCAUCCACGUGCCAUGGACACCCAAGCCCAUAGUAGUAAUGCUCAGUUUCACACCGCCUUUGACCUCGUCUUGGAAGCUGUUCACGGUGCUGAUGAAGAAAUUCAUACAGAUAAAUGUAAUCGGGCAAUGUAACGUGGACAUAAUACCGCGAGGAGUGAAUUUGAACGUCGAUAAGACCUGCGAAUUAGUCGAAAAAAAUUGUCAUUCUAGUCAAAUUAUCUCGAACGGUUCCACUCAUUCCUAUAUAUGGGAAUUGGUGAUCGGAGCGGAGAUGGAGUCUGUGAUCAAGGCUGAGUUUUCAAUGGUUUACCGGCUGCAUAAUCAGGACGGCGACAAUAAGUUGUUCCAGUAUUUUUUCGACAUCGCCGACUACCAGACCCUUUACAUCCUGGACACAAACGUCGAUCCAUCGAAGGGAAGCGAAUUCUGCAAAGUGGGAAUCGUCUGUCAUCUCCAUCUAACCAUAGAAAACAACUCGAGUUCCUUCUCUCCGGUCACGGAAGCCAUAAAAUCCAUCAUGUACGAAGUAUUGGCUGAACAAAGUGUUUGGGCGGUGUGCGGUAGGACAGCGGGAGUCGUUUCGUUCGAAUCGCAAGAGAAAUAUCAGACUGUCGUGCUCGAGGUGAUGCCUUUGACCAGCGGUCAUUUACCUCUGCCGUUGGUUAGAAUAUCGAAGUAUAUUCCUGCGGAAAGUGGAGGCGCAGAUAAAUCAAAAAAGAACGAUUCGCACCCAAGGUUAGAACCAUUCAGUCCGGGUCAAGUGUACAACAAGAGCAAAGGAAAACAACUACACGUUAUAGCGAACGUCAGUGAGAAUGCGCAGUAG